AAAUUUGCGUUCAGUCCAUCGUAAAUUGUGUGGGUAUUUUAUUGCCUGUUUCCUGUGAAGAAGGCGGGUCGAAAGGAGGAAAAGUUAUUCAUAUAUCAUUCCAUCAUAGACUCAGUGAUGCGUGGACGAGAAUUCAAGGAAAACCCAUCAAGAACUGGGAUGGCUCGGAUGGGAUCUGUUUGCAAAGUUCUCCAGACAAGUAGGCUACAACACGCAUUUUUCUUCACCAAAAACCACAAUCUCGGGAGUUGGUGUGUAACUUUGGGGCAUAUCGCCACCCAGUAGCUGCUACAGCAACCAGCAGGGACCACAUCAUCAACCAGCAGCUGCUACAUCAACCAGCAGGGACCACAUCAUCAACCAGCAGCUGCUACAUCAACCAGCAGGGACCACAUCAUCAACCAACAGCUACUACAUCAACCAGCAGCUGCUACAUCAACCCGUAGCUGCUACAUCAACCAGCAGGGACCACAUCAUUAACCAGCAGGUGCCUUAUCAACCACUGACUGUGGCAACUCAAAAACUGAACCAUCACUCAACGACUACCACAACGCCAUCAUGAAGUCCAGAGUACCACUGUAUUGCCUCUGGCUGUUGGUGGUCCCAUUGUUGCUGACGCUCAGGUUGCAAUAUAUCAUCAGCCAGAGCAGCCGCUGCCUGAAGCUGCCACUUCGGGGGAGUCCGCUAAGCUGGGGUUCAUUAUACAUGCCUCUCACUGCUUCUGAUGCCGGACACAUCAACCAGUCAGUUGAGGAGUUUAAGGACGUGUUCUUAGCCCCAGUGUUAGAGGCGUAUCGCCAGGCUGCAGAACAAUCUUAUAUGGAGACUCCUCGUACAAGAUUUAGGUCUGGAUAUAUUCCAAAAGUGGUGAUGUAUGUCAAUAAGAUGUAUGUAUAUUAUGACUGGUAUGACGUAAUUACGUGGGACAUUGUUGAGGGCCAUUGUCCAUUACCCUGCAACAUCACCUCAGACAUCAGCCAGGUAACAAGUGCAGAUGCGGUAUUAAUACAUUUGUCAAGUGUAAAAAGCAAGGAUCAGUUAAUACAAGACUUAGGGAGACGUGAUGCAUCUCAGCCGUGGAUCAUGUUUGAAGCAGAAACACAUUUGAGAGCAAAUCUCAUGUAUAUGAAUGACUACAAGACGCUAAAUGGAGUCUUUAACCGGACUAUGCACUACCGCCAGGACUCGGACAUUCACGUGUUGCAUGGCUUUGUUGUCCGUCGUGGCGGAGAGGCGAGUCUCCUGCCUCCAUCAUGGCGCAGACAACCUGAAUUACAACAGAUUAAUAACACUCAAAGACUUGCUGUUGCAUUUGUUUCUAACUGUGAUGAUGAUAGUGGAAGAUUAAAAUAUAUUGAAGCCUUAAAGAAACACGCCCCUAUUGAUGUUUAUGGAAAAUGUGGAGACCUGAAGUGUGGGCAUUCCUUAAAUACCAAUAAGGGAUAUAGGAUUGAUUGGGAACCUUGUAUGCAAUACGCUGGACACCAUUAUCUCUUUUAUCUAGCAUUUGAAAACGCAUUGUGUAAAGACUAUGUAACAGAAAAGUUAUAUAACCUGCUGUACUAUCCGAUAGUUCCUGUGGUAUUGGGGGCAGCAGACUAUUCUGCCUUGCUCCCUCCUAAAUCCUACAUCAACGCACUCGACUACACGCCAGAACAACUUGCUCGAAGGUUACAGUACUUGGCUCUUCAUCCGAAGGAGUACGAAGCCUACUUAACGUGGCGACAUUACUACCAGCCAUCAACGGUUGGUGGAAGUCGUGUAUUAUGUGACCUCUGUGUUCAACUGUAUGAUCAAGACCUGUAUAAACACAACGUUAUUGAUGACUUCUAUGAUUGGUUUGUUACUCAGGCAAAUUGUAAUGCAAAUGGAACAGUUCCAAGCCAGACUACAUAGUAAAUUACUAUACAAAGUAUAAUCGUUUGGAAUUAAGAGAUAUACCAAUAAUAGUACGGGCUGGAUAAUUUGGACAGCUUACAAUAUACCCGGAUAUCUACAUUUUUAACUAAGUAAAAGUUAUUACAAUAUGGAUUAGCUAAUAAUAUCUUGCUAUGCUAGGAACGACUGAAAAAUUAUGAGAACACUACUGCUUCUGUAAACACUUGCACUAACAUUUCCUGGUAAAUCCCCAAAGCUUCGAAGUAAAUAUAAAUAUUGACAGGACUCAAAAGAUUACAGAAACCAAACCCACAAUAUUUCCACAAGUGUCAACAGCAUUUUUGUUUUCUUUGAAAGAGUUUGGGUAAAUAUGCUUGAUGCUGUUAUUUUUCAUAUUUUUGGCAACAGGGAGCCUGUAUUUAAUCCGUGUACCCUGUUACCUAGCAGUAAAAUAGGUACCUGGGUGUUAGUCAGCUGUCACAGGCUGCUUCCUGGGGGUGGAGGCCUGGUCGAGGACCGGGCCGCGGGGACACUAAAAAGCCCCGAAAUCAUCUCAAGGUAACCUCAAGGAAUAUUAAACCAAAGUCCCUCAAUUGCAAGCAGAGGACGUAUAACACUACAUUUCAUUUCAUUUAC